AUGCCGGAUUGUUCGAUCCUGUGCUGCAUACUUUCAGUUAGUCGUGUAUUCGAUGAAUGGAUGGGACCUCUUCGGGAGCCGCCCGAGUGGCCCCUCAAUUUUCUAGCUACAAUAUCAGAAAACUUAUUUCCGGCCUGGAGAAAUGAAAACUUCAUCUCGGUCUAUGCGAUAUUAUUUCCCGGAAUGACUGGAUUGAUGGCUGGCUCAAUGUUCAUUAAUGAGCUCAGAGACCAGGCUCGGGACGUGCCGUUGGGAAUGUUCACAGCAGUUGGUGUCUGCGUGCUUUACAAUUUGAUCGCUGUGUUUAUAUCGGCGUCCACGGUGCUUCGGGAUGUGUCCGGCUAUUCGAUGCCCACCUUCAACAACAUCACGCAUCGCUGGGAACCGUUUGCUUGCGCGCAUAACCAUACGUGUAGUUACGGCUUGAUGAAUUUCUUUCAAGUAAAUACAGCAUUGCUUUUGAAUUAA